AACAAAAGUUAAAAUUCAGCUCCGUCGUCACGAUCGGGUCGCAGCAAAACGGGCUCUCUCGGUUCGGUUUCUGAGCGCGCAUGUCUCAGUUCAAAAAUACACGUUGUAGCGCGAACGAGCCGUUUUCAACUUUAGUUCACCGCUGUUCAUAAUAGUUCGUCAUCGGGCACGAAUCGUACGUACCGCGUACUCGUUUAACCGGGUGAAGAGUUUCGGCCGCAGUUCGGUCGGUUGGUGCGAGUGUGAGCGCGAACGCGACCGCGGUUCUAUACCAGAAAGGCACCGAGUUCAUUUUGUUAUUUUUCAUUAUUAUUAUUUUUUUGGAUUUGUGUGUGUGACUUGAGUUUUUCGUCGAGGAUCGAGAUGAAGUAUUUGGUGGUUGCUGUUUUAUUUGCUGUGCUUUUGUCAGUAAAUGGCAAGCCUCAAAAUUCCCUAAAACCAACCUCAGAGCCUGAAAACUUGGAAGAGUAUGGCCUGAGGGAUGAUCCAACCCAAUCUGAUUAUGGAAUGGAUGGUGACUACGGGGAGGAAACGGAGGAUGAGGAGGUCGAUGACGAAGACUUUGGAUCAAACGUCAUUCCCACAUUAUCAACCAAAAAUUCCAUGAUUAUUGCCAAACCUGGUGACAACGUUGAGUUACAAUGUUCCAUCAAAAAUUUAGGACAAUACGUAAGAGUUUGGAACAAAGACAACCUGAUUCUGUACCAGGGGGAGGUGGCAAUGAAUGCUGGCAACACCAUGCUGCUUCCUAAUCAAUCCUUGCAGAUUACCGGAGUAAACGAAUCAAAUGUUGGUAACUACACGUGCGAAGUGCUGAUCUCCAACGACCAAAAACUGAGCGUCACCCACACUUUGUACAUUCAAACGCCUCCUUCCAUCGUCAGUUUGACGACCGACAACGGAAUCACUCAAUUCCACAAAGGACAAAGACUGCAACUGACGUGCAAGGCAACAGGAACACCAAAACCAGUAAUAUCCUGGCACAAAGGGAACGUCAUGUUGGACAUCGUGGGCGAGACUUUAAUAAUCGACAAUUUGAAGCCCAAGGAUGCUGGCAACUAUCGUUGCUUGGCGGACAACAAGAGCGCCCAACCAGCCCACGCCUACAUCGAAAUCAAAGUGGAGAGCGAGCCCAUCAUCUCCAUCGACAAGUACAUGGUCAACACCGAGCACAACACCGACGUGGAACUGAAGUGCGUCGUCCGUGGAUCCCCCGUGCCCACCACCAACUGGCAAAAGGAUGGAGUCAACAUCAAAAACACCCAGUCCUACAACCUGAGACACGAAAAGGACGCCUCCAUCUUGUUGAUCAGAAACGUGCAGGAGACCGAACUGGGAACCUACACCUGCGUGGCCAAAAACGCCUUGGGCAAAGUCGAAAAGAACGUCACCGUCGUCAAGGAGCCGGCCGUCCUGCACCUGAAGGAGGACAAGAACGAACGCGGCACCCAGCUCAGCUUCAAAGUCGAAUCCAAGUCCGCCAUCGAGGAGCACGAGCUCCAGUUCAGGAAGAAAGGAGAAUCCGAAUGGGAAACUGUGAAGCCGGGCGUCUCCAAGCCGGACAAGAACCACGUGUACCACGUCCAGUACACGCUCCAGAACCAAGAGCCAGGAACCUACGAGGCGAGGGCACGGUCGAAGAACUCGCACGGCUGGUCCGUCUAUUCGGACAGCAAGUCCUUUGUCAUAGCUAAGCACCAUAACAAGCACAACAAAAAACACCAUAAAGACAAAGAAUCGAAAGUUCAACAGCCAGAAUCACAAGCACAACCACCUGCACAGCAAGAAAUCACACAUAAAGAAACACCAGUAGGAGCUUCACAAACCGGCGCCAGUUCCAGCCUGUCCGCAUCGCUCCUGGUGACAAGUAUAGCCCUGCUAACCCUGCUGUGCAGUAGACAGUGAGAGGCCAACGUUAGCGCUGAAAACCUGAAAACUCUUCCACUAAUUUGGGUAGCUUCGAGUUAAUUAAAAAUAAAACCAAAGUAUUGAUAAUGUUUAACUUUCAAACAUUGUUCUUUUAAACACAAAUGUUCUUAAGUUAUGUAUAUAUAUAUAAAACUUUUCUCCGCAACUCCACCGAAAUUGUGCUGAUGAUUUCUGUGAUUAUAGUUGUUAAAAACAAAAGAUAUUCGUGACUAUGAUCGUCCGAGCUGAUUUUUUGAUUCGCGGAAUCAUACGGGACAAUCUUUAAGAUGCCAUAGCCUAUAUAGUAAUACUAAGGAAAUUGAAUCAAGAAAUUGGCCGUUACUUAAUCGAUUAGUUACCUUAAUUUAAUUUUUUUUACAUUUGUUUCAUUUUAAUUAGUUCGGUCAGUAUUUCCCCUCUAUUUUCAUAUUUUAUUUUUGUAAUUUGAAAUGUUUAUUAAUUAUUGAAAAUUUUAGGAGUUUCUAGUCUGUAAUUUUAUGGUAAUUGCAAAUCCGUCAUGUUAGAUAAUUAACGUUCAUUUUUCUCUUUUAAUGCGUUUUGGAAAACCAUAAAUCGUUGCAAGUUAUGCCGCUUGUAUAUUUUUUAGCUACAGACUGUUUUCCAAAAUUUAUUAUUAUUUAGUUUAUAAUAAUUAUUCUUAGUUCUAGAUAUCAAUGUACAUAUUUUGUUUAUUUUUUGUGUGAAGUAUUUAUAUUUUAUUAUAAUUCAGUUUUUGUAAAUGUACCACAAUGCCUAACACAGUUCCCUUAAUUAUAUGAAUGUCAAUCAUUUCAUAUUAUUGAUGACAAAUUUUGAACUGACUUGGGAACUAUCUUAACAUGCCUUAUUAUUAGUAAAAAACGUUUAUAACAUAAAAAAAGUAAUUAAUUAUUGCUUUCAAAUUUCCAAUUUUAUAAAGAAUUUUUAAAUGGAUUUCCAGUGCAAAAAUAGUUAUUAAUUAAAUUGACCAAAAUAAAUGAUAAUGCAAAUCUGACCAGGCAUAUCAUAUUAUAUUGCUGAAACUCUUAGAUUUUACUAAAUAUUUAACUUUUCUUUGUAAAAUUCGAAAAUGUAUGUAUGUAUAGUAAAUAAAUUAAAAUAAAAAACACAA